CACUUGAAGUGCAUUCCAACCAAACUAGUAGCCAAAUCUCCCAACUGGCUAGGAAUGAGUGCUCGAGUCUAGCGACCCGCCGUCACGGUCGGUGUUAGAAAGGCAGGGCAUGGCGGAUAGAUGGGGGGAGGCGAGCCGACCUCGGAGAUAAGAGCGGAGAGACUAGGUGGUGGUGGUGCGGUAGCAUGGCAACGCGCGGACAGGACAAGCCUGCGUAUCUCGAUCCCCCUGGGGAUCGACAUCCACAGAUCGAUCGUGCUCAACCGCCCAUUCUCUGGCUCCGGUUUUCGCCUCCAGAAUCAUGGCUGCCGACAUGAUUGGCCAUAAGACGACGACGAACGAGAGUUGCGUCGCGAAGCGCGGUCGCUGAUGAGCCGAGCCACCUAGCCUACAGCGAGCCAAGCAGCUCGCCGCUUCAUGGCGCAUGAGCAGCAGUCUGCGCGCAGUCUCCUCGUUUCACCCCGUGAAAGCCGCCGAAAAUGACCGAUAGCUUGUCGCGUACUCGCCUCCGACCGCGACGCGAUCUCGUCGAUUCCUUACCGUGCUCGCAUCCCUCGCAACGAGUUGAGGACUUUGCAGGCGUUGGGGGCCUCAGGCUGCAGUUCGUCCAGCCACACCCCGGGAGGCUCUCGGCGUAUUAAGUAAUGAUCCAUGGCGCCCUUUCAUCGGCAUCACCAGUCGACUCUGCCGCUCCAAGUCUUCACCAGUCAAUCCCAUCGCCAACUCGCAGUCAGCGUAAAGUCGACCACGAGGACUCGUUCUGAAGUUAGUUCCAACCAUGGCGGCGACCAGGGUCCUCGCGGUUCUGAUUCUGGUUCUACUGGCCACCUCCUGUGCGCUUGCUGCUCCUGGUGGUAACGGCAAGGGGAAAGGCGGAAGCGAAAAAGGAAGCGGGAAGGGGGGCGGUCGAGGAGGCGGAAACGGCGGCGGGAAAGGAAACGGGAAGGGCGGAGGCGGAAAGGGAGGCGGGAACGGUGGCGGCAUUCUGGGCGCGCUGACUGGCGGAAAUUUCACGGGCGGGUGGGGUCAGGGCGGCGUUUUCUCGGGGCUCUCCAGCCUCUUUGGCAACGGCAGCACUCCCGGCGACUUGGGGGGAAUCUUUGGGGGGAGGGGGGGAACGGUAAGGGGCAAGGUAAGGGGAAGGGCAAGGGGAACGGCAAGGGCAAGGGCAACAGCGCGGGGAACAGCACAGAGACUGCAAGCCCUGCAAGUGGGGCGACAAGUUACAGUGCGAGCUCCACAAUGACGCGGGUGAUGGGGGUGGGUAACGGCAAGGGGCAGGGGAACGGCAAGGGGCAGGGGCAGGGCAACGGGCAUUGCUAGGGGAAGGGGAGGGGGAAUGGGUGGGAAAAGCACGGGAAGAGCACGGGAGGCGUGUUGGCACAGCUGAGGGGCAGCAGUGUGGUGGAUGAUGCGAUGGCAGCCACUGGCAAUGGCAACGCCACUGGCGUCCUCGAAAUCACCCUCCUCCAGAAUGGCACGGACUACGACGUGGCUUUCAUGGCGCGCAUCUCCCUCUCUGGUCCCGGCGUACUCAUCGCUCUCACUCUCAACAGCGGCACCGCCGCCACCAACGGCCUGCCUCUCCUCGAUUUCUCCACCGCCACCGCCGCUGACGGCGCAUCCCCCCCUGCCUGGACCACUGUCGCCUCCCCCUCCCCUGGCAGUGGCCCCAUGGUGCGCGCGUGGGGCCGCCUGCAGCGCGUGUGGGGGCGGUCUGGGCGCACAGCAGGGCUGCACACGUUCACUCUCACGGGCGUGUGGGCAGGCGCCGGCACCACUGCUGCGGCUGACGGCGUGCAGACGGUAAAAGACGUGGCGCUGGCCAUUGUCGCACAGCCCAGUGCGUUCUAUGCCGUGGUCGCCUUGCCCGGGUUUGACUCUGGCUCCGCCAGGGGGCAGUUCCAGAAGGCUCCAAGGGCUAGGCGUUUGGGCUGAGGAACUGAAUGAAGGAGAUAGGUGGGAUGGGUGGAGAAAAGGGAACCGGAUUACUUAUGGACGUGGGGUGGGGUGGCAGGGAUGCCUUGUAGGUACGAGGAGCAGGCACCAGCCUAGAUGGAGAGACUUUAUGGCAGGUGUAAAUUGAAGGUGGUGUGUACUGAACCGUCUACCGAGCUUGUUGUUGGAGGUGUCAACUUAUACAUAUUUGUAUAUGUAUCAGUUAUAGGCU